AAUCGAUUAAAAUAUAUCUAAUAUAUAUAUACUGCUUAUCCUACUGGAUAAUAUGCAUCUUUGUUGACGCGAAAUUUAUAUUCAUCACCCUAUUAUCAUCGUAAAAUAAUAAUAUUAGUAAAACCAAACCAUAUUCUGGUUCGCUUAAUUAGAACUAAAAAUAAAAAUAAAUGGAAUAUUAAAUUGGUUUUUCGUAUCUUAGUGCAAUUAGAGAUUAUAAGUAAUAUUUUAUCUCUAUAAACAUUACAAAAUCAAGGGCUUGAAAACAUGGGAGAAUCUAGGUGAUGUAGAGAGGGGGCAGCUGCCCCCACUUAAUUUUUAAAAUGUUAAAUACAUAACCAUAACAAAACAGAUAAUGUUGACUAUAGUGGUUAUUGCCCCCACUAACUAAAUGUAAUUCCUCCCGUUGGUUUAUAUUUUCACUCACGUUUUUGCUUUUAUUUCUAAAGUUAUUUAGUUUCCAUCAUAAAAUUUAAACUAUUUUCUAAUUUACAUCUCCCAUAAAUGCAAAAUCUAAUUAUCAUUACUUUGAGGAUUUCAACAUACAAUAAUAUAUGAAUCUAUGAUAUAUAUUCUUUUUACUAUAUCUUGUUUUCUUUCAUCAUUUUUGUUAAUUAUUAUUGAAUAAAUAUUUCUUAGAAUGUAUAUUUACUUUUAAGGAUAUAAAGAGUAAUCACAUAUUUUAUAAAGGAAAAUCAUUUUAAACUAACGUCUACAUAUUCCUAUACAAUAUUUGAUAUAAUAAUUCUUCUUUUCAAUAGUGUAUGAUUUAUAUAUAAAUAAUAUUUUUGAAAAUAUAAAAAUAAUUUAUGCCCCCACAAAUUUUUUUUCCUAGAUUCGCCACUGCUUGAAAAUAUACACAAAUAUAAUGAUAGAAGUCAUGUCUGUCAGGUAUUACUUCAGAAACAAACAAUAUAUCAAUCUUUAUAUCACUUAUGAACCAUAAUUUAGAAACUUUUAGCACGAGCCAAUCUUUUUGGUUGAAACAGUUGGAGUUCCAUGUCCGCCCAUCGGUUAGUUUGAUGUUCUUUGGAAUUUCAGCUGCAUAACAUCAUCAACUAGGAAAGAAAAUGUGAUUCUCAAGCUAUGGUUUCCAAGCCAUUUCUCUCAGUUCCAAGCUAUUAUUUAUCUACUCUUUAACCUGUAAUGCUGCAAUGUCAUAAAUAACUUGAUGUUUUAGUCCGAAAGGGUGAGUUUUGGCUUUGAUUUUAGAUUCCAAGAAAUAUAUGAUGUGGGACACAUAAAUUUCUAAAAGAAAGAUAGGCAAACAUUGUAGGUCGAAGAUCAAUUUGAACCGAGAAAAAAUAUGAAAAGAUAAAAUAUAUCAAGUAAUAAACUUUUAUAUAAGAACUAAGUUGACACAAAACAAAUACUCCCUCUGUUCCUUAAUAUUACCAUAUUCUAGAAAAAAAAUUGCUUUAAAAAUAUCUAUUUUUUAUAUUAUUUUUAUCUUUUCAAGACAUGUUUUAUUAACUAAUUGUAAAUUUCAAAAAACUUAAUUGUAUUUAUUGAAUUUUUAUUGGCUUAAAAUUAUGGAACAAAGAUAAACACAAAAAAUUAUGCAAAUUUAAUGUGUUUUAUUAAAAUGUGUGAAAAAACUAGAAUAUGUAACAUUAAGAAACAAAUGGAGUAUUUAAUAGAAAACCGAAAUAUAUAUUGUUGUUCUACACUAUUAAUUAAAUUUCACUUAGUUUCAGUUUUUUUUUCCAAAAUAGAUUAAUAUUUAGAUGCAGAAAUUCCGUGCAUGAACUUAAUUAUGGGCACAAAGUUUAGAAAUGAAAAGUUUGGAAAAGUAAUAUAUAAUAUAUAUAUAUAUAUUGUAAUGUGCACAUUUAUAUAAUAAUAAAAAAAUGAUUACUAUAUAUUAUAAAACUAAACAUUUGAAACUAAAAUAAAUAUUAAAAAUAUAAUGCUAUUUAUCAAAGAACAGUGAAAGUUACCGUCGUUAUAAUUCAAAACAAAUAUUUAUUAUUACGAUCUCAUAAUAUUUUCAUUAUUUGUUUGUUUAUAUAUUUUUUUAUCUAUAAUAAUUUUUAAAUACUUCAUAAAUUCAUAUAAAAAAAUUUUAUUUUAAUUUCCCAAUCCGUACGGCCGAUCCCAGUCACUGAUAAUUGUUCUGUAAUACCAAUGGAAUGGACUUCAAAUUAUGUAAGUAAAUAUAAAAGCAACAGAAUGGACUGGAAUUUCAAGUCAAAAAAAAAAAAAAAGAAGUUCGCAAGUAAAUGAUGACUUGUGUUAAUUUGCGAAGAAGGGUAGUAAAUGUAAUUUUGUGACAUAAGAAGAAAAGGCACAUAAUAAGAGCAUCUGCAUUGGCGGAUCAUAUGGGGUUCAUGGGCUCGGGAUCUUAUGGCCUUUUGCGUUUUUAAAAUUUUUAAAAGGCCGAUAUUUGGUGAACCGGUUCGUCCGAAUGAUACCGUAUGAGACGGGUUCAGGCGACGUGGCAAGAGGGCAUUGGUGGCGUUUUUUUUUGUAGAGGGAAGCGAAACAAGGGUUUCUCGAAAUGUUUCUCAUUUGCUCUUCUCUCUCAUUUCACUCCGCCUCCUUGGUGAUUUAUCGUACGACGGUUCUACCCGGAGCUUUUCUCCACGACGACGACGCCGGAGCUUUCCUCUACAAGCUCAGAUGGACCCAGCAGAAGAGAGAAGAGAGAUGAAGAGGCAAAAGGAGCACUACAUGAUGCUUCAAUGCGCGGCUGAUGCGCAAUACGGGAUUCCGACGAGGUGUCUGUGUGGUUCGCGCAUCAUUAACGAGGUUCGUGGAAAGGAGGAGUACGACAGCCUUCCUGGGAAGCGUUUUUUCACGUGCAAGAACUACGAGGAUGAUGGGUUGCAUUUUCGUCAUCCUUGGGUGUUUGGUGUCCAGGAGGAGAUCGAGAGUCUGACAAAACGUGUGAAGGAGUCCGAGGAGGUGACUCUUUUGGUGGCAAAACUCAAUAAACAGAUUGAAACACUGGCGGUGAGAAUCCUCCUAUAUUUAGAUAAUACAGUAGUUCUAUUUUUUUGACAUUUGUGAGUGUUUGUGAGUGUUUUAUUUUGACAUUGGAUGAUAAUUUUGACAUUUGUGAGUGUUUUCCAUUUUCCAGGAACAGGUUCACGACCUCAAUGUCAAAGUACGUGUCCUACAGAAGGUCUGCUUCGACUAAAAAUAGAAGGUACGCCUCAAUCUCAUGAAAACUGUUUGAGUUAUUGUUUUAUGUGUCUUGGUUGGUUUAUUUUAGUUGGAAAAAUGAACUAGACGGAAUAAAACGGCAGUAGAAUUUUAUUUGAAAUUGAAAAAUAGCUAAUUUUCAAUCUGAUUCUAAUUUAUAGUUCAGCUUUAACUGAACUAUAAAUUAAUUUUUCUUAUAUAUAUGAUCCGGUUUGAACUUAAACUGAACUAGAAGUGCAUCGAGAACUAGAAGUACAAUGAUUUGAUGUGUAAUGAAUGCAUAGCUUUGGUGGUUGGUUGCUGUGAUUUCUUUGCUUUGAUGUCUUCGCUGUGAUGUAGUAGCUGUGAAGUAGUAGAUUCAUUAAUUCUUACAUUAACUAUAAUGAAUGUUUGGUAGUUAGAUUUAGUUUAAUUGUUCUCUGCUAAAACUAGUUUAAAACCAUAGGACCUCCUCUAGAGAAAACACAAACGAAAAUGGAUCCUCUCUACGCUAACUCUACCGGGUUUGUCCACUCUCCCGGUUUUGUUAACCUCUCAUCUUCACAGAACACUCAAACAAUAGACGUAGCCGCUUCUCAGUUCCCUAGCUUUAGUAGUCAGAGCUCUGUAGGUCCUAAGCCACCGGAAAGGCGGAAGUGGACGACAAAAGAAGACUUGGUGCUGAUCAGUGCUUGGUUGAACACCAGCAAGGAUCCGAUUGUCGGUAAUGAGCAGAAGGCAGGGGCGUUUUGGAAGAGAAUAGAGGACUACGUUAACGCCAGCCCUCUGCUGAUUGGCUCUCCUCCUAGAGAGUCUAGUCAGUGUAAGCAGAGGUGGGGGAGAGUGAACGACUCAGUGGGGAAGUUUGUAGGAUCCUUUGAGGCCGCGUUGAAGAACCAAGCCAGUGGCCAAAACGAGAAUGAUGUAAUGAAGGUUGCGCAUGAAAUCUACACUAAUGACCAUGGGGCAUUGUUCAUUCUAGAACAUUGUUGGAGGGAACUCAGGUUCGAUCAAAAAUGGAGAUCACAGCACCUGUCCAAAGAUGGAGCAAAGGACAAAGGCAAGGAAUCUGCGGACAAGAGGAAGGAUAAAGCGGAGGUGGUGGUCGACGAUGAUGAGGUGCGGCCUCCUGGUGUUAAGGCUAGCAAAGCAGCGAAACGGAGGAAGCACGGGAAUGAAGCAGCUUUUGAUCAAAUAAACGACAUCCUAGCUGUGAAAAAUGACAUUUCGAAUAAGAAAAUCCUUAGCCGUCUCCUAGCCAGACCAGAAGACACACUAUCUGAUAUUGAAGUCUCUCUUAAGAACAAACUCAUGUCUGAAAUGCUUUAAUUUGGUCAGUGGCUUGAACUUGUUUAUUCAUUUGUUUUGUGGCUUUAACUUGAUAGUCUAACUUGUUUUAUUUGCUUGAACUUGAUUGUGGCUUUAACUUGAUAGUUUAACUUGUGUGUGGCUUGUACAUCUUUAUUCAUUUGUCAAAGUUUAACUUGUGUGUGGCUUGAACUUGAUUGUGGCUUUAACUUGAUAGUUUAACUUGUGUGUGGCUUGAACUUUGAUUGUGGCUUUAACUUGUUUGUCGCUUUAACUUUUUAUCUUUGGUUCGCUAACUUGAUUGUGUCCUUCCUCUUUUUUGUUUUGCAGGUCACGGGCAUCAAGUCACAAGUUCGCAGGUCACGGGUAGUGUUUAUGUUUUGUCUGUUUUAUGUCAAGUUGGUCAGAUUGUGUAGCAUUUUCCUUCUGACUACACUUUCUUUUCACUUGUUUCACGGAUGUAAUGAAGACACCCACGGGUGUAUGUACUAAAAACUUGGUUCACGGAUUUGUAAACACCCACGGGUGUAUUUGUAUGGAUGCUCUAUAUAUAUUAUGUCUUUCAUUA